UGGCCAUGAAGCUAUUCCAGAUGCCCGAACUGUCGGGAACUCGCCCUCUCGCAGGCACAAUCAAGGGUUUUCUCGGGAUUGGAUCCAAUUCUCCAUUGUAGAACCUUCAGUAUAAGACAGCUUGCACUCAGCCGUCAUUGUAAUACGUCCAUAGAAUGUAUUCCCAUCAUCAACAUAAAACAAACCCACUGGAAACAUCUCCAUUCCGUCCUUACUGGUAGAGCCUCAAUCUCCACUCAGCAUCACACAGAAACAUCACUAAAACCAAUCAACAACACUUCAAACCCCUUGUCAACAUUCUUCAUAAAAAUGUCGCCAGUCCUUGCCCGAGCCGCCGCCAUCCGCAACGCCGCCGUUACCGGCACGAGGCAAUUCUCGCUCAUGGCUGCCAUGCGCAACAUGGCUCGCUCCUUUGAGCCUCACCCCUUCCAACGUCUACCCAACACCCAGAAGCCGCAAGCUGCCGACUAUGCCAAGAUCUUCAAGCGUUCCGGCAAGACUGUCAUGAUCUACUUCCCCGGCAUGGCCUUGAUCCUUGGCUGGCCCCUUAUGGCCCAGAAGAUGCUCGAUGGUCACGUCUAAGUUCGUCACAGCCAAUAUGAUGACCAUCCAUCCUUUGGCUAAUUUCGGAUCUAAUACUCCUCGGGAUUUUUCUUCAACAUAAUCGUGGCUUGGAUGUCUUAAAGCAUCAACUUGUAUAUACAAUGGGAUAAAGGGGGGCGUUUCUGGAGUUCAGGACCCAGGCAAUACUUGACCUGGCGUUCCUGGGAGUUAUUAUACCUAAAUAGAGAACCGGACCACUGCUAUUUGAGCCUAUACAGGAAAUCGAUGUUUACUUUGUCAGCCGUCUGAUCUAUCUGCCGAUGUUUUGGAAUGUUUGGAAGUUACGUGAGAUAUCACUUACAUGCAUCAAAUGAG